GGACGGUGGAGAACAGAUGGUCAUGGCAGCGAGCUGACACAAGCUGCUCUGGAAGGGCUGGAGAGAGACUUUACAGGACGAGAAACGGUUCAAACUAACCAAUUAGUGAGGCAGAGCGCGAGGCAUCACCUGUGGGAGCUUCACCUGUUGGAGAAACGACGUCUUUUGCUGCUCUUCUUUCUUGCUGGUCCGUGUGUGAAAGGUUUGCUCACAGCUUUCUGCAGAGAUCAGCGUUUUCAAGUAAGCUGAAGGUCCUGAGAAUCAAUACAAAGGUGUCAGAUAAUGCAGUUUCUUAAGAGUGAACUGAGGCUGAUGGAUCCCAGUCAGUCCGAAGCAUCAUGGACACCUUGGACUACAGAGACGACCUGAGAGUCUCAGCGGGAAGGAUGAAGUGGUGGAGGGAGGUACACGUGUGGAGAGGCACGGGGCAGCAGAGGAAAGAGGAGGAUGAGGAGGAGGGUGAAGAGCUGGUGGAGGUGCUGCUCCGAGGCAAAGCACCCUGGGGCUUCACACUGAGGGGAGGCGCCGAGCACCGAGAGCCUCUGGUCAUCUCAAAGGUGGAGGAGGGCAGCGUGGCGGCUGCAGUCUGCCUCCAGGCCGGUGAUGAAAUGGUGAGAGUGAACGCCGUUCCCCUCAGCGGCUCUCGUCAGGAGGCCAUCUGCCUGGUGAAGAGCUCUCAUAAGACCUUGACCCUGGUGGUCCGAAGGAAGAAUGAUCCAGGAUCGCGGCCCCAUUCGUGGCACUCAUCCAAGCUGACAGAAGAGGAGUCAGAGCCCGCUAGGAGAGAGGCCACACCAGCGCCAGUCUGGCAGCCAAAACAUGAAGCAAGGCCCAAGGAGUCGUCCACUCAAGGGGACCAGGACACCCAGCAUCCGCUAACGAGCCAGUUCAGCUCAGCCACCAACAUGGAGAGACUGGAACGUCCCUCUCAUCAGUACCCACCUGGUCGUCUUUCCCCAACUAAGUACAUCAGCAACACUGAGCCGCCCUGUGGACCGGGAGGCAAAAGAGACUCCGGCUUCAGUUGUUUCUCUAGUGGCUCCAGCCCUUCUCUUCAUGACGUAAGCACAUCUGGUAGGAAGGGUACCGGCUCUGAAAACAUUUUCUUCAAGGGCCUUCAUAGUGAAGGGCCUCAGCAGGCCGAGCGGCCAAGGUACCUGCAGCCCACACUGGGGAAUGGAGGUUGGGAGGGGUCACGGGCUGAGGAGCCUGCCUCGCGGGUCUCCAUUGCAGGGAGACCCACCUCCGGCCCUGUGUGGCAGGUACCAGAGAAGAAGUCCCAGUCCCCUCCUCCCCCACUUCCUCCCCUGCGCAGUGACAGUUUUGCCGCCACAAAGGUGUUCCCUUACUCUGAAGGGCCUAGUGGUCCAGCAAAGGCCAAAGGCAGGUCAAUUGAAAAACUGACAGAAAAUAAUGAUCAGAAUGGCCUCAGAGCUCACCAGGAGAAAACCUCAGAGGCCAGACGUAGCUUCAACCCCCUACCCACCAAAGACUUCCUCCAUCCUAACACGGCAGCUGACCACAACCACAACCAGCUGCACCCCAACAAACUCUUCUCCUUAUCCAGCAGUGACAUCAGACAGUCUCAUUACACCCAACCGCCUGCCCACCUGAGACAAUACAGUGACGAAAGUCCCCUCUACCUGAAGACCAGGUCAGCUCCUCCCACCAAGAUUCAGAGUGUAGGAAGCUACUAUCGCAGCCUCCAGGAUCUACCCACAAGAGCCUUCAGCCGCAAACAGGUCCGACACUCCACAGCGUCCAUGGCAAGUUCUGCUGCAAACCCAAAUCUGGAGAAUGGGGAGCACAACAGAUACUACAGCCUAGCAAGCAAGCAAGCUGCUGAGCUAUACGCCAGGCAGGGCAAAGCAGAGGGCUGGAGGGGGCAAACAGAGAAACCCCAGUGGAUAAACGGUAAAGAGCCAGGCUUCCCAAGUUCCCUGAAGACGAACUUUAAGGCAAAGUACUCUCUACCUCAGUCCCAGAUACCUUACAGUGAAAAUAAGGAGCGCAAUGCCCAUUCUCAUCCAGGAAAUGGUCUACAUUAUGACCGACAAUCCUCUGAACUUUCUGUUCGAAGCCGCAGCCCAGAGGAUUCUGCAAAGAGAGGGGAAGGACACUCUAAAGACGUGAAAAGGCCCUUUCCAACUCAUCUGAGUAACGAUCAUAAGGUCAACGUUUCAAGGCAGCAAGACCCAUGGGUGCCUCAAGAAGAUCACAGAAUAUCCCCCCUCAAAACCCCACUCCUCCACUCCCUGGCCCAGGAGAGUAGGACUCUGGCUGAGAGGCAACCGGCAUCUAUGACCGCGGGUGUCGUGUCCAGCCAGGAUGCCGGAGACCCCGUGGCCGUCAGCAGUGGAAAAUCAAAUCGGCGGAGCGACCGUUACGCCACCACCCUCCGCAAUGAGAUCCUGCAGAAGCGAGCCCAGCUGCAGAAGAGCCGCAGUGCUGCAACCCUGACAUGCGAAGCGGAGGAUGAGGAGGCAGAGGAGUGGAGAUCCACAAAGACUUCCACGUCUUGCGGUGUGUCCUUCUCCAACACCUAUAAGGAUCACCUGAAAGAGGCACAGGCCAGGGUCCUCCAGGCUACCUCCUUCCAAAGACGGGACCUUGAGCCCCUUGGGCCAGAGGCGGCGGUAGUUAAAAUCUCCAAUGGACGCGUCAGAGGUCGUAAGCGCUUCCCCCUGGCCAAGAGGACGCACUCCUUCUCAGAGCCUGACAAGAUAGACAAAGUAGGAGUGGAGGGAGAACCUCAAGCAGGCUCUUUCGGAGAGCGGAGGAGGUUCUUUGAGGCCAAACCGGCAUUUUCCAGGCCUACACUGAAGUCCAGUCAGGGUACAAACACGAAUGCAGAUCUUGGUGAGACGGGCAAACCCAAAGAGAGAUCUCCCCCUGGAGAAUCUGAGGAGGCUAACCCAUCUGCCGAAACCACCAACCGCCUCAGCCCUGGACACAAACAGGUCUUACUGGAGCAGCAGAGGCUCGGGACCUUUGCUGAGUAUCAGGCCACGUGGAACAAACAGAAGAAGUCAGUAGAGGGAAAGACACAAGGGAGGUUUCACUCAGCGGAGAACAUCUUAGAUGCAGAUGCCGAGGAGAAGGCUGCAUGCAUCCAUGAGAGAUCCCGAUCUUCUCCCUCUGCAGACUUCUAUACACAGAAUAUUCCUUCAUCAUGGGGAGACCCUCACAGCCAGCAGAGCAGUUACCCCAUCAGAGGAAAAACGGAGAGCAGGCAGCGAUACCAGCCCGACCACAGCCCACAGUCGGCCCCGUCAGCCUCCAGAAAUGAGGGCCCAGUCCCAGGCCUCACUGACCACAGGACCAAACCAGAGACUGCCAAUCCCUCCCACACCGCACACUCCUCAGGCCCUUGCAGCAUUAGCCCCAACCCUGGCUCCCAGCACCCAUCUCAGCUUCCACAAACUAAGGGCCUCCUGCCGCCGCCCAGGCCCCAUUUAGGCCCAGAAACCACAUCCUCCUCCCAGGAAUUCCUCGCUGGCGCCCAGGCAGAUCCGGCAGCGCUCCAGCCUCUGUCCAGCUCCAGCUCUGACACCCAGCACCAUGCUACUGCCCAGAACUCCUCCGCCGGCCCCGCCCCGGCCAGCUCUCCACACCUCAGCAGGACCAGAGCAGACAUGUGCACAGAAGGUGUAGAAAACGAGGAAGAGAAGGAGCAGCCACAGCCACCUUCCUCGUCCUCCUGUACGGCCGCUCGGUCUCUUCCCGCAGAUCAAGCGCGACCUCCCUCGCCACAGUUUGCACCGCUGAGACUCACCGACAGACCGCCGGCCGUGUUCGUGCAGGAUGACUCAACGCUCAGGUCAGAAAAUGAUUGGAAGCUCCCAGCUGAGAUGGAUGUGAACAGUCCGGGGAGGAAAGUCCCUGUGAGGAUCGUCCACGCCGAGAGCAGCUCGGAGCGAGAGGGCCGGGCCUACCUGCUUCAGAGCAGCGAGACCGGUAGCGUCGAACCGCCACCCCUCAUCCCCUCCCUGAGCGCCACAGAGCGCCCGGCCUCGUCUCUGUUCAGCGCCUACACCCCCAAGACUGAUCAGGACCAGGCUAAGGCAGCGUCAGUCCAGGAGUCAGUCCCUGAGUCGAGUUCAGCGGGGUCUCGGCACUCAGAGGAAGACGCCAAGAGAGAGGAGCUGGCCAGGGACAUCAUGGGUAAAGACAAGUCCCUGGUGGACAUCUUGGACCAGAGCGGCAGGAUGACCACCAUGGACCUGAUGGAAGGACUCUUCCCAGCAGAGGAGCAGAUCCUCCAGCGCAGGAGGGCCUCCGCUGGCUCCAGGCUGCUCACCUCAUCCCCAAGGAGCACAGACAGGAGGGAGGAGGAGGACCUGUCUGGAUCAGCUGCAGCCUCCCUGGUCCCCAGCUCCUCUUAUUACAACACGUCGGCUCCCAAAGCUGAGCUCCUCAUCAAGAUGAAGGACAUGCAGGAGCAGAUGGAGGAGCAGGACUCUGAAGAUGAACUGGACGUCGACCUCGCCAGUAAAAAGCAAGAGCUGAUCUCCAGCCUGGCAGAGAAGCUAGGGGUGCUGCGGGAAGCUCGGCACAGCCUGCAGGAAGACGUGGAGGACAAUGAGGCUCUGGGCCGUGAGGUGGAGGCCACCGUGCAGCGCCUCUGUCAGCCCAAUCAGCUCGACAAGUUCCGCAUGUUCGUGGGUGACCUGGACAAGGUGGUGAGCCUGCUGCUGUCGCUGUCGGGGCGGCUCGCCCGGGUGGAGAACGCUCUCAACAGCCUGGAGGACGAAGCCCCGCCAGAGGAGAAGAGAACCCUGACAGAGAAGCGCAAGCUGCUGAUGCGACAGCACGAGGACGCCAAGGAGCUGAAGGAGAACCUGGACCGCCGGGAGCGUCUGGUUUCUGGCAUCAUGGAGGCCCACCUGGAAGCGGAGAGCCUGGACGACUACCGCCACUUUGUGAAGAUGAAGUCGGCCCUCAUCAUCGAGCAGCGUAAACUAGAGGACAAGAUCAAGCUGGGCGAGGAGCAGCUGAAGUGCCUGGUGGACAGUCUGCCGCUGGAGCAGAGGCCGCUGCUCUGAUAUAGUUGUCGGAGCUAAGGAGCUUCAGGAAUUGAAUUAGGAACUGAGAUGAGUCAAUUAUACAGAUAAGUGAUUAAAAAAACAAAGACUGCUUCUUUGAGGCCAGAUUUUUGCACAGUGAGUUUUCUCUUUUUUAAGUAUCCCAAAGCCAGAGUAUUUUUGAUUUGCUGAUGUUUCAGACACAACCCCAUGGCGCUUUUUCAAUGUUAUAAUACAUAAGCAUCUAUGUGUGGAGGAAUCAAACACAACCAGCAUUUUAUUUCUGUAAAAACUGGUCACAGUUGGAGGCCUUUUUAACACCAGGUUGAGCGGUAAUUCUCCAGAAAGUGUUUGAUACUGAAACACAGAUUUUUAGAUAGCGUAAGGCUUAAAUCAUAUUUAAUUGAGCUCUGUAUGUAUUUGCAUUUCAGCGCAGCCUCAGAGAUGAAGAUGGGGACGUGAUGUAAGGUGAACUGACAGUGUUUCCAGUCUCCCUUUUAUUAUUUGUGUUUCUGAAUAGUAGUAUUUAAGGCGCAUCAUGAGCUCCUCCUGCUGAACGUGGCUCAGUUUGUAAUUAAUUAUCAUCACGUGUGUUUUAAGUUUUAAAGUAAUAUUUUCUAGUAAUUUAUUGUAGCUCUUUUGGAAGCCUCUGUGGAGAAAGAGAGGAAAUGUUUCCCCGGUAAUUUAUUUUCACUCAUGACCUACUUUUUGUUUUCUAAUGAAAUGAAGUUUGAUUCCAAAAUGUUAUAAAUCUAUUGUUAGGUUACAGGUUUUUUUAAAAGUGUUUUCAUCUCGUCAGCUAUGAUAUUAAGUAAUCUUUCCUGCUUUUACUACAGACCACCUCUUCUUUUUGUGCAGUGUAUCAUUCCCUAAAGGUAAAUAUCACAUUGACAAAAUAUCUCAUUAUGGAGUGAAACUCUUUGUGCUAGAAUAAGAGGUGAAUCUGAUGACUUUAUUCUCAUAGAGACGAUGCUGACUUGUUCCAGCAGUACAGACGUUGCUACUACUUGUUUUUCUACACGAUAAUACACUGCUAAUAUUCCCUGGAUUGUUUUUCAUUCACACUUGGUGCUUUUAGCUGAAGCUCCCAUCUUAAAAACUAGGAGACUGUCUCAGUACCAGCAGAUUCCUGACAGAUGUACCUUUUCUACUUCCUGCCUCAGGCAGAGCUGGUGUUUCUGAGGUUAAUCUAAUAGUUUUAGCACUUUACUCUCUGGUUUGGUCCAUACAGGGGCCUCUCUAAAUAUAUAUAUAUAUAUAUAGAUAUAUUUAUUUGAAGACGUGCCUACUGUAGCCUCCCACCACUGUGAACUUCACGGACUGACACGUGGCUGCGUCCACUUCAUUUAUGCAGUGCACUCUUUCACCAACUUUCAAAGCAAUAAAAUUAUAAAGUUUA